AUUCGGCCGAAGAAAUGAAAAAGGCUGUGUGGGCCACAUUUUACCACAAAUGUUCCACAGACGAAGAGCCAAGACAUGAAUACUGCCAACCAGGGCAAAAGACCUGGUGCAAGUGGUGCAUCGCAGAAGCAGAGGGUCGAAUCGCCAGUUUCCACCACGAACCUGCCCUUUCCGAGACCGUUCAAGAAGUCGUUCAUCUGAUAUACGAGGCUCUUUCCACCGAUGACUUGUUACAACGAUGCACCGGUGGAAACACUCAGAACGAUAACGAGUGUUUUAACUCUUGCGUGUGGAAACUGGCCCCCAAACAUCUUCAUUGUGGCGUUAAAACUAUUGAAAUAUCGGCAUACAUAGCUGCAGGUAUUUUCAACGAAGGCUUCUCAUCUGUUCUGAAGACGAUGAAUACGCUGGGAAUUGCCGUCGGGAUCAAUAGCCGAAAUUUCGCUGAGAACACUGACAGCAAGCGUAUCGCGGCAGCGGAGAAGAGCAUGUCAGAAUUCGCAAAAAAGGCCAGGAUUGAGAAACUUUCCGCCCAAGUCCAGCAAAAUCGCAUGUUUGAGGAAGAGGAAGGCAUCGUGUAUGCUGGAAUAGCUGACUGAAUGUAAGUUGUCAAAAACAAACAUUAAAUACGAUUUUUUAGUACGUAAAACUUUAAACGCGUUUUUCUCGAAACAGCAUUUUUGUCGCGCGGGGCGCUCUACAGCUUGAACGAAUGAACCGAUUUGAAUGACUCAAAGUUCAAAAGAAAGUAAAUUAAAUUUAGGGGGCCUU